GCGUUAGAAAACGAAUUAAGAGGAAAACUAGGAAAAUUUUAUUACCAUAAAGUUGAUUUGUGUUCGGAAGAAAAUAUUUUGGAAGCUUUUAACUGGAUAAAGAAAACAUUGAAAUCGGUGGACGUACUAAUUAAUAAUGCAGGUGUCUGGAAGCAUAGUGAUUUGUUAGGAAACACAAAUGAUUGGAAACAAAUGUUUGACACUAAUGUCAUAGGCACUAACAUUUGCAGCAGAGAGGCCAUAAAAAUUAUGGAGGAAAUACAAAUUAAAGAGGGUCACAUCAUAAAUAUUAACAGUGUUGCAGGUCAUUACAUAUUUCCAUUUUUCAAAGAUAUGUCAGUUUAUAGCGCUUCCAAACAUGGGAUCACUGCGAUUACAGAAUAUUUAAGAGAAUUAAUGGGCAUGAAAAACUUACCCAUUAGAGUUACGAGUAUUAGUCCGGGUGCAGUAGAAACCGAAAUGACUGACAGUCUUAGUCAAUUAUUGGAAGGCGUGAAAAUGUUGAAAUCUAUUGAUAUUGCUGAAGCUAUUAUGUACGCGUUGAGUGCACCGCAGCGUGUUAACGUCUCCGAAAUUAUCAUAAGGCCAACAGGCGAGAAUACAAUAUCUUUUGUGAAAAAUGUUGUCUAGAUUUCAAUUAAGAUUAAUACACAUCUGUAUUUUAAACUUCGAAUAUAAACAAUAGUAUAGCUUAUAUUUCACUGUUUAAAGAAUAAAGAUUAUCAUUUAGUAAAUAUAACCAAUUUAUGCAUA